CUGCCUGACAUACGUAUUGAUCUGGUUGUCUCAGAAAUUAUCACUCCUGAAGGCACUACAGUGGAGACUCUGACCAUCCCAGCCAGAGCCCAGUACAAUGGAACCAGAGUUCAAUGUGUGUCUGUGAUAUUUGGUGUCUCCUUUGCGGAGAGUGACAAUGCCACAUUGACCAUUCAAGGUCCACUGUCAGCAGUAGGUGAUUUGAGAGCCACCAGCAAUGCCGACUCAGUGACCAUCUCGUGGAGUGCUCCAUUCUCUCUGGAUGUGACUGGUGUUGAUCCUGAUAUCUGGUACUCUGUCCUCAUCUACAAUGUGACAGAUGAGAACAACCCAACAGCCAUCCUCUGUACUGACUGUAUCAAUAUCACUGAGACACACUACACCUUC